AUGUUGGACAUAUUUCGGGGCCUGAAGAGCCUGAUCAAGAUCUCUCACGUGCACAUCGACACCGCUGUCUUCAGAUUGCACUACAGCCUAACUGUGAUCCUGUUGAUCGCGUUUUCAUUGAUCGUCACUACCAGACAAUACGUCGGAAAUCCCAUCGAUUGUAUUCACAGCAAAGAUCUACCUGAAGAUGUGUUGAACACUUACUGUUGGAUCCACAGUACGUAUACGAUCACCGCUGCUUACAGGAAACGGGAAGGUUUCGAGGUACCAUUCCCAGGUGUCGAUAACUCCAAGUCUCAUCCUGAAACCGAGAGGAAGGAGUACAGGUACUAUCAGUGGGUUUGCUUCAUGCUGUUCCUCCAGGCGAUCCUCUUCUACACGCCUCGAUGGCUGUGGAAAGGCUGGGAAGGUGGCAAGAUUCACGCGUUGAUGAUGGACCUCGACAUCGGCCUCUGUUCCGAGGUCGAGAAGAAACAGAAGAAGAAGAUGUUGCUCGACUAUCUGUGGGAGAAUCUUCGCUAUCACAAUUGGUGGGCUUACAGGUACUACCUCUGCGAAGUUCUCGCCCUGGUGAAUGUGGUCGGUCAGAUGUUUCUGAUGAACCGGUUCUUCGACGGUGCGUUUCUGACGUUUGGUAUCGACGUGCUCAGGUUCCUCGAGUCGGAUCAGGAGGACCGGGUCGAUCCGAUGAUUUACGUGUUCCCACGGAUGACCAAGUGCACCUUCUACAAGUACGGUGUGAGCGGUGAGGUUGAGAGGCACGACGCCGUUUGCAUACUGCCCCUGAACGUCGUCAACGAGAAGAUAUACGUUUUUCUCUGGUUCUGGUUCCUUUUUCUCGGCGUGCUCAGCUUCAUCACGGUUUUAUACAGGAUCGUAAUUAUAUUUUCGCCGCGAACGAGGGUGUACCUUCUGCGACUGCGGUUUCGUUUAGUUAGAAGAGAAGCCGUGGAGACGAUAGUUCGGAGGAGUAAAGUAGGCGAUUGGUUUCUCCUCUAUAUGCUCGGCGAGAAUUUGGACACGGUGAUAUACAGGGAUGUGAUGCACGAGCUUGCGAACAAACUCGCCUCGAGACACCAUCACAGCGUGCCCGGGAUCAAGGGAGAACUCCAGGAAGCCUGAUCGAAAUUGCCUCGGAGAGCCACGGAAACGAGCAUGAUUCUCGAGGCGACGAGGAUACUUUUU